GGCAUUACCUGUUGCCAGAACACACCAGUAUUAGUAUUACAUAACCCAAUGGUAGUGCGAAGCACGUACGGACUGCAUUAGUUGACUUUGUGUUGUGCCACAGACCAAUAGUUGCUCGUCCUCAUUCCCAUUCGUGCCAAAGCCAAAGCUGUACCACCGCCGGCAAAGACGCUCCCCGUGUUGUUUCCGGUGACGAAAAACCAAAUGCAGGGGUCCGUUUUGAGAAUGGGGCCAUGCGGCGGCGGCGGCGGCCACGACAGGGACAUGGACAUGCGCGGCGUCAACCGUGUUGUCAAGCUGGUCGUCCGCCACGGCGACACCGUCGACGCCAUCUCCGUCCUGUACGAGCGGAACGGCCGGGAGGAGUGGACCGACCUGUGGGGAGGACAAGGGGGGACGCUCUCCGAGAUCUGCCUGCGGCCGGACGAGCACUUCACCGGCGUCGUGGGCCACUACGGCGAGUUUGAUGGCAGCUUCGCCGUGAGGUCGCUCACUUUCGUCAGCAACGCCCGAAGCUUCGGGCCGUACGGGCAGGAGGAUGGCGUGCCGUUCGCGCUUCCUGCGGCCGGCGGCAAGAUCCUCGGCUUCCACGCGCGCUCUGCCCGCCGCCUGGACGCGCUCGGCACCUACGUCAAGAUGGCUGAUCAGUCGACACAUACCCCACAGAAGUGAUCAUGACCUUGCUCAUAGAAGUUCCUUAUUGUACGCGCGUAGUGUAUCUCACUAGUUACGGCUACUCCGUGCUACUCUCACCGUCUCAUAAUAUAAAACGUCUUUUUGGCACUACACUAGUGUCAAAAAAACGUCUUACAUUAUGAAACGGAGGAAAUACUAUUUAUCAUGUCCGACCAGAUUGUGUUCUUACUAAAAUAUACUAUGUAUUAUAUAAUUAAAGGUUUUGACCAGUUUUGCCUUUAGUUAUGUCACAUUACUUUGUCAUCAGCAAAAUGGUGUUGAUGGCUUUGAGGAGAAUGAGGAGUGAUGGGCUGCGCGUUAGCUUCCUCUUCAUUCCCUCUUUUUGGUGUUUCGAUGCCAAGGGGGGAGAUGGGUUGAGUAUA